GUAUUUGCCUUCUUGCACUAUGAUCCUAAUUUAGAAGCACACCCUUAACCUUCAACAUGGGUUCAACUUUUGAAGUAAAUUAUGAGUGUAUUUGUGUAAUGUAGGUGAGAGAGGAAUUGGUCCAGGUAGCAUAUUUUGCCUAGACCAUUAAAUGUUAAUCCUAGAUUAUAGUACGCAUAGUAAUGUAGGGGAGUGAAGAGUUGCUGUGAGAAUUUUAAACGUUCAUUUCCUGACUGCCUUGUGCAUCCAGAUUUGCAAUCAUAAAGUUACACCCAUAGGUUAUUUACUAUCUAUCUAGGCAUAUUGGAUUUAAAUUUUUUUUCUUUCCGAAAGUCAAGUAGAAAUGGUGCGGCAGCAGGUUGAAAUUUGGAUACGUGCUAUCCAAUUAAUUGCUACUCACCAUUGCAGCUCACUCAUAUUCCCUUAUGGGAGCCCUACCACCCAAAUCUGACCUCUUAUUUGGGUUAAUCUACGACAGACUCUCAGCACGGGUUAGUAUUUUCCUUCUUGUAACAGAGGGCAGAAUUAUGCCCAAUACAAGUUGUAGCACAGGGAUGACCUUUGCUUGAGAUAUCUGGGUAAGUGUUAAUAAUAGACUAGAAAUAGAACAAAGUAAAGCUGCCAAUUCCCAGCAGAAAUGCUGGCUUCUAGAAAACUAAAAUGAUAUGACAUGGUCAGAAUGGGAUGUGUCUGCCUGCAUUUCUAAUGACAGUCCUACCUUUCCAGUGUUUGCCUUGUAGUAUACAGAGAGUUAAGGGUUUCCUCAUCAAAUUUUCCACCAGAUAUUUGCCAAGCUCUUGCCUCAGUAGUCACCUGACUUUAUACAUGUAUGUUUUCUCAUUUGCAGCUAGGUCUUGCCCAGGGCUAAGCAUUCUCUUCUUCCUAUUCAUUUCAGUAGGAGCUGAGGCACUUUGCUAGAUCUGGCUUUUAUUCUCUGGUUUGUGUUUCAAGCCUGUUCUAUUUAGUAAGUUAUUUUUUCUGUUGGUGUAUAUGACUUUCUGCAGUGGCUCAUCAUGUCCCCUUUGCCCAUCUCCCUGUUGUAGAAAAGGAAGUGACUCAUGGGCCGGGCAGCUAUGGAAGAACAGUAGGUACCAUAUUAUAACGCAUUGUCAGCUAGAUUUUAUUUUUAAAUGUACAAGUUGUAAUCAGCUCCCUGACCUCAAAAUGCACCUACCAAAAUAAAAAAAAAGAUAUCCUACAGUUCUUAUAUACCAUAACACAUGCAUUUACACACAGUUAUACACAAGCACACAUAAAUACGCACUAACACAAGUUAAUGCAAGCCACAGAACCACUGAAGAGAUACUGUACAUAGAGGUGAUAUUUUUUUAUAGUGAGCCUUCCCUUCCUAUAGAUAAAUCUUUGCUUUUCACUGCCCAUAAAACACGAAAAUGUAGUUGUAUAACUUCUUAAUAGCACAUCAUAGCAAAGACAGAAAUUACACCCACUUCUUUAUAUCAGUGGAUCAACCUGCUUCAGCCAAUCAGGCUGGACAGCUGCCUUGCAGCUUGCAAACAGGGGACAGAGAGAGGGGAGGAUGUUCCAGGCUGCUGAGCCAUGUGACAACCAGUGGGGAUAAUAGGCAGCAGUAAUGAGCUGGAGUUGGAGCUUCUCUGGGGACUCAGCCACAGGGACCUGCGGCAGCAGCAAGGAGGGAGGGAGGGAGUGGAGGUCACCACAGGUCAGCUCCUACCUGCACCCUAACAGCUUCAGCCACUCCUGAGACAAGAUUUGUCACUAUUAACAUCUUGUUGCUUCAAAGCAGAAGGAAAUCCCACUCCCCCAACCACUGCUGCAUAUCACCAAUCAAAAAGUAAAAUAUUUCUUUAAAAUCCCACAGCAAGCACAGAAUUGAAUCUGCUCCUUAAGCAACAUGAACCAGAUAGAAACAACCAUGCAGUACAACUACCAGUACGAAGAGGACGAAUACAUGAUCCAAGAGGAAGAAUGGGACAGAGACCUACUUCUGGACCCAGCAUGGGAGAAACAGCAAAGGAAGACAUUCACAGCCUGGUGCAAUUCCCACCUCAGGAAAGCAGGCACGCAGAUCGAGAACAUUGAAGACGACUUCAGGAAUGGCCUUAAAUUGAUGCUCCUCUUGGAGGUCAUCUCAGGAGAAAGACUACCAAAGCCAGACAGAGGAAAGAUGCGCUUCCAUAAAAUAGCUAAUGUCAACAAAGCCCUGGAUUUUAUCGCCAGCAAAGGAGUGAAACUUGUGUCAAUUGGUGCAGAAGAAAUUGUUGAUGGCAAUGUGAAAAUGACCCUGGGUAUGAUCUGGACUAUCAUCCUUCGCUUUGCUAUUCAGGAUAUUUCUGUAGAAGAGACCUCUGCUAAAGAAGGGCUGCUGCUGUGGUGUCAAAGGAAAACUGCUCCUUACAGAAAUGUGAACAUUCAGAACUUCCACCUCAGCUGGAAAGAUGGCCUUGGAUUAUGUGCACUUAUCCACAGACACCGACCUGAUCUUAUUGACUACUCCAAGCUAAAUAAGGAUGACCCUCUAGGAAAUAUAAAUCUUGCAAUGGAAAUUGCAGAAAAACAUUUGGAUAUCCCUAAGAUGUUGGAUGCAGAAGAUGUAGUAAACACUGCCAGACCAGAUGAAAGAGCCAUUAUGACUUAUGUUUCCUGUUACUACCAUGCAUUUGCUGGGGCUCAGAAGGCCGAGACUGCGGCUAAUCGGAUAUGCAAGGUACUUGCUGUGAAUCAAGAAAAUGAAAGAUUGAUGGAAGAGUAUGAACGGCUAGCAAGUGAGCUCUUAGAAUGGAUUCGUCGCACAAUCCCUUGGCUGGAAAACAGGACCCCUGAGAAAACCAUGCAGGCCAUGCAGAAGAAACUAGAGGACUUUCGAGACUAUCGUCGCAAGCACAAGCCUCCCAAAGUCCAGGAAAAAUGUCAGCUGGAGAUCAACUUCAACACCUUACAGACAAAACUGAGGAUCAGCAAUAGGCCAGCCUUCAUGCCAUCAGAGGGGAAAAUGGUUUCAGAUAUUGCUGGUGCUUGGCAAAGACUUGAACAGGCUGAGAAGGGAUAUGAAGAAUGGUUGCUGAAUGAAAUACGAAGGCUGGAACGACUUGAACACUUGGCUGAGAAAUUUAGACAGAAAGCUUCUACUCAUGAAACUUGGGCAUAUGGCAAAGAGCAGAUCCUACUGCAGAAGGAUUAUGAAUCAGCUUCGCUGACCGAGCUCCGGGCUUUGCUGAGGAAACAUGAAGCCUUUGAGAGCGACCUGGCUGCCCACCAGGAUCGAGUGGAACAGAUCGCUGCCAUUGCCCAGGAGCUGAAUGAACUGGAUUACCAUGAUUCUGUAAGCGUCAAUGAUCGAUGCCAGAAGAUAUGUGACCAAUGGGACAAACUGGGAACACUUACUCAGAAAAGGAGAGAGGCAUUGGAGAGGACAGAGAAGUUGCUGGAAACAAUUGAUCAGCUUUACCUGGAAUUUGCCAAGAGAGCUGCUCCUUUCAACAACUGGAUGGAAGGCGCAAUGGAAGAUUUACAGGACAUGUUUAUUGUUCACAGCAUAGAGGAAAUUCAGAGUUUAAUCACUGCCCAUGAACAGUUUAAAGCCACUUUGCCUGAGGCAGAUGGUGAAAGACAGGCUAUCCUCUCAAUCCACAAUGAAGUUGAGAAAGUUAUUCAGAGCUACAACAUGAGAAUAAGUUCAAACAAUCCUUACAGCACCGUCACUCUGGAUGAAAUCCGCACCAAGUGGGAAAAGGUGAAGCAACUUGUGCCUGUGAGGGAUCAAGCUUUACAGGAGGAGUUAGCUCGUCAGCAUUCUAAUGAACGUCUUCGUCGCCAAUUUGCUGCUCAGGCCAAUGUCAUUGGACCAUGGAUCCAGACCAAGAUGGAGGAAAUUGCCCGCAGCUCUAUUGAAAUGACAGGGCCUUUGGAGGACCAGAUGAAUCAACUGAAGCAAUAUGAGCACAAUAUCAUCAACUACAAAACAAAUAUUGACAAGCUGGAAGGAGACCAUCAGCUUAUCCAGGAAGCACUAGUGUUUGAUAACAAGCACACCAACUAUACCAUGGAGCAUGUCCGUGUUGGAUGGGAACUCCUCCUGACCACCAUUGCCCGAACUAUCAAUGAAGUUGAGACUCAGAUCCUUACAAGAGAUGCCAAGGGUAUCACUCAAGAACAAAUGAAUGAAUUCAGAGCAUCCUUCAAUCACUUUGAUAGGGAUGAAUCUGGAAAUCUCCACUCUGAUGAAUUUAAAGCCAGCCUCAUCAGUCUCGGACAGGUUGGAAAUGACCGGCAGAAGAAGAAUGGGCUGAUGGAUCAUGACGAUUUCAGAGCUUGCUUAAUUUCAAUGGGUUAUGAUUUGGGUGAAGCAGAGUUUGCCCGAAUCAUGACCCUGGUUGAUCCCAAUGGGCAAGGAACUGUCUCCUUCCAGUCUUUCAUUGACUUCAUGACCAGAGAGACUGCGGACACAGACACAGCUGAGCAAGUCAUAGCUUCCUUCAGAAUCUUAGCUUCAGAUAAGCCCUAUAUUCUCGCAGAAGAGCUUCGUCGAGAGCUGCCUCCUGAGCAAGCUCAGUACUGCAUCAAAAGAAUGCCUCCCUACACCGGACCUGGUUCUGUCUCGGGAGCUCUGGAUUACACUGUGUUUUCAUCAGCAUUGUAUGGAGAAAGUGACCUGUAAUUCUGUAACUGGCUAUAUUCACCCUAUUCAUUAAAACAAACAAACUGAUUUCCCAGAUAGCUUCUUGAAAGCUUUGACAAGCUGAUUUUAAAAUGAGUUUUUCAAAUGUAGUAGGUACAUUCAGUGUAAAAUGCUAGACGCUAAGAUAAUUAGUGCACAUUACAGUGUGAAACAUUUUUAGGUUUUUAGUUUGUCUGUCUUAUACACAACAUUAGAACGUAUUUUUAAAAAAGAUAUUAAAUUCAGAAACUUCUGUAGAGAAAACAGAAAAUAAAGCUUGUGAAAAAAAUCAAAGCUAUUAACUUACUAUGACUCAAAAUAAUUUUGCCAUGUUCAAAAAUUCUUCAUGCCGUAUGUGCUUCUUUUACAAUGCACAUGAAGUUGUACAUUAGGAGUCACAUUUUCUCAUGCAUAUGAAAGUAUUGUUUCUGCAGGUACAGUUUAAUAAAAUACAGCUUUUCAAGGAAGAGAAAUGCCAAUCAGAUAAAAUUCUUAGCCAGUAAAAUAAUGCAAGACUCUAUGUUUGUAUCUCUUCAAAAAUGUUUUUCUAUUGGAAUAGAAAUCUGUAACACCUGCAGUUUAAGCCAGCUGGUUGAUAAUGAGUUAGUAUAGUAUGAUGAGCAGUACCUUUCCUUUAAGCCUUUAACCUUGCAGCUGAGAGCAAACUUUUACAAACAUAGUAAGGAAAUUAAUUCAUAUGAAUUGUAUUGUUUUGAGACCCUUACCCAUGUCUGUGUUGAGCAGAUUCUUUGUUCCCUAUUUUAUUAGUGAGCAGCAUGCAUCAUCCCAUGUGAUGCAAACUCUUAUCUGCACAAGCUCAGCAUGAUUGUGUUGCAGUUUCAUCAGUGCUCAGAUUACAGUGUCUUCUGUCCAACAACAGUUCUUUUUUAUAUCCAGCUAUGGUAGUGUAGUUGGUUUUACUGUUAUUUUUCCAUCUUUUAGUGAAGCAAAACAGCAUUUUUUUUUACUUGAAUCCUCACAGACAUGGAGAAAUGCAGUGUAAUCAAAUAAAAACAUUCACAAAAGGUGAAAUAAAAUGAGCUGUGCAGCUCAGUCUACUAAAGCAAUGAUGUGCCUACUAAAUAAAGUCUGCUUUUCAAAAUUUUA